UGAUUUUAUUAAAACGGAUUUCAUUUAUAAGUAUUGAAUAGCAAUAUCAUCUGUUGUGGCAACCAGGUAUUAUAUGAACUGAUGUAGUUAUUAAAUCGGCACUAGCACCUUUUUGGAUUUUCAACAGGUUUAUAAAAGACCUUAAAAAAAACUCAACAUGUCACAGGAAAAGGAACUGGAUAUGGUUGACAGGGACCCAAAUCAACUGAAUGCACAUGUGAAGGUCCAGUUUGAGGAUGUUUUGGCAGAACCAGAUGGCGCACACAGCAUUGACUGCGUCUGGCGUUGCAGUUAUAUGUGCUUCAACUGUGGCAAGAACUGCUGCUACAAGUUGAUGACGACACUUUGUGGUCUGUUCAUCGCACUGUAUUGGGGAUGCGAGUUUGCAUUCAUUACCUUUGACCAGGUUUGGUGCAUCACUCCUUCCCUUAGGAUCUUCAGCAUCUACAUGGGCUGCGCUCAGAAAUUCUUUGGAACCUGCGUCACGUGCUUCCUUGCGCCAAUAUGUGAAACAUGUGGCCUUAUGUUUAGUAGGAUAACUGUUAAAAAUCAAUGAUUCUCUUAUCAUCCUCAUUCUGGAAUCAUUAAAUGAGUUUCUUAUGUCUGUAUAUACUAGUAAAAAUAUAUAAAAAUAUAAAUUAUU